UUCUGUGUGGGAAUAUCAGUGUCAUGUGAUCGUCUGCACCUUCACACAAGGUCUCUGUGAGGGACGGUCUCACACAUCAGGACCCGCCUGGUCUCACAGCAGAGGUGAAGCCAGCAGAGCCGGGACGUGCUCGCCUGCUCCUGACCAAGCCUGUGCUCCAGCUGGGGACAUCCCAAGCCUGAAGCUCUCAGAAAUGAGUGAGGAGAAAGUGACAUACUCAGAACUGAAAUUGUCUCACGCAAAGAAAAAGGAAGGCAAAGGACAUCUAGCUCACAAAAAAAGAGAAAACCCAUGCACAGUAAUCCUGGGCAUCAUCUGUGCUCUGCUCCUGCUGGCAAGCAUAGGGUUAGGAUAUAUGUCUUUUCAGAAGUGUCCUAAAUGCACAACACAGGAUAAGGAAAACACAAAAGAAAAGAACACAUCCUCAGUACAGCUGGAAGAUCAUUCAGUGGUGCUGUCCGGUAGAGAACAAGCCUGUGGCUUCUUGCAAGGAAGACACUUUUGUUGUGGAAGAAACUGCUACUAUUUUUCUAAAAAAGAAGAAACAUGGGAGGAGAGCAGGAAUUUAUGCCGGAACAUGGGUUCUAGCCUUGUGAAGAUUGAUGACAUCCAGGAACUGAAUUUCAUUCAAUCACACAUCAAAUACACUUACUGGAUUGGAUUAUACCAAAAAGAAGAUAAAAAUGAGUGGAAGUGGCGGGACAACACGAAACUUGCUCAGCAACUGACUUUCCGUCAAUCAAAUAAAGUGGGUGAAAAAUGUGGAUGCCUGAAGCCACAAUACAUCAAUAAUGCUGAUUGUUCAAGAUCUUUUCCUUACAUAUGUGAGAAGAAUAAGCCCUUCUUCAAUAAUUAGUACAACCUUUAUGGAUAGCAGUAUGCAGAUUCCUCAAAAGACUGAAAAUGUUUCUGCCACAUGACUCAGCCAUCCCUCCUCUAGGAAUAUAUCCUGCAGUAACAAAGUCCACAAGG